AACCCCUAAGGAGAACCGUCGGAUCGUAAUCACGCUAACAAGACAUAAAAAAACGGUGAACAAAUUACCGACGAGGGAACAGAACAAUAACUGCAGGGGGAGGAGGUGGAGGAGGAGGAGAGCUGAGCUGAAACCCUAACAGCACAGAGAGAUUUUGGGGUUCUUUUCGGAGAGGAAGGAUAGGCAUCUGUGCGUCCAAACCAGGUGGCGCGGCGCGCAAAGCCGCCCCACAAAGGCCCGCGCCCCCUCCUCCUGUCGCAGCUCCUGCGCCACCCGAUCCCGCCGCCGCAGGCUCGACCGCUUUCGACCGCGCCUCUUCGGCCAAAAUGAAGGGGCUGUUUAAAUCGAAGCCGCGAACUCCGGUGGAUAUCGUUCGACAAACAAGAGAUCUACUUAUUUUCGCCGACCAGGGCCCCGACCCUCGGGAAUCGAAGAGGGAAGAAAAGAUGGCGGAAUUGAGUAGGAAUAUUAGGGAGUUAAAGUCAAUUCUUUAUGGAAAUAGUGAAUCAGAGCCGGUUGCAGAAGCUUGUGCACAAUUGACUCAGGAGUUUUUCAGGGAGAACACAUUGCGACUUUUAAUCAUUUGUCUUCCUAAAUUGAACUUGGAGACUCGGAAAGAUGCAACUCAAGUUGUUGCAAAUUUGCAAAGGCAACAAGUCCACUCGCGGUUGAUUGCUUCUGAUUACUUGGAAGCAAACACUGACCUUAUGGAUAUUUUAAUAUUAGGUUAUGAGAACACAGACAUGGCUUUACAUUAUGGUGCAAUGCUGAGGGAAUGCAUACGCCACCAGACUGUUGCAAGGUAUGUUUUGGAGUCACAGCACAUGAGGAAGUUCUUUGACUACAUACAACUUCCAAAUUUCGACAUUGCUGCAGAUGCUGCUGCUACUUUUAAGGAGCUCUUGACAAGGCAUAAGGCUACUGUAGCUGAAUUUCUUUCUAAGAAUUAUGAUUGGUUUUUUGCAGAAUACAACUCAAAGUUGCUGGAGUCUACCAAUUAUAUUACCAGACGGCAAGCGGUCAAGUUGUUGGGGGAUAUAUUAUUGGAUAGAUCAAACUCAGCUGUGAUGACAAGAUAUGUGAGCUCUAGGGAUAAUUUAAGGAUUCUUAUGAAUCUUCUAAGAGAAUCAAGCAAGAGUAUCCAGAUAGAAGCUUUUCAUGUUUUCAAGCUGUUUGCUGCCAAUCAGAAUAAACCUCCAGAUAUUGUUAGCAUACUUGUUGCAAAUAGAAGCAAGCUUCUACGUUUAUUUGCUGAUUUCAAGACCGAUAAAGAGGAUGAACAGUUUGAGGCAGACAAAGCCCAAGUUGUGAGAGAAAUCGCAGCCCUUGAGCCUAAGGACAGCGCAUGAUUGAGCUCAACUAUAUCCUAGUUAUAUAUAGUCCCCGUAUGUCAAGUAUAUUCUGUGUAAUUCCUGUCUCACAAUCUCCAUCCAAUUAUAAUGGUUGGAUGUUGUCAAUUAUAAACUUGUAAAUUAGUGGAAUGGAUAAAAUAAUAAUGCAUGAAAUGUGUUCAUUGUAGCCAUUUGACUUGCCACAAAGAUGAGAUAAUUAGCUCCAAACACCGUAGUGUGUAUAAAAAAAAAUAGUUUUU